AUUAUGCAAAAAAUUACCAAAAUUAUAUUUUCCUGAUGAAAAUAGAACUUUCACAUAUAUAAUUGAAACAGAUUCAAGUGACCACAGUUACGGAGGAGUAUUAAAAUAUAAAUAUGACAAAGAAAAGGUAGAACACCAUUGCAGGUAUUGCUCAGGAUCAUAUACUGAGGCACAAGCAAAAUGGGAAAUAAAUAGAAAUGAAUUAUUUGCAUUAUAUAAAUGUUUGUUAGCAUUUGAGCCAUAUAUAGUUUACAAUAAAUUUGUUGUAAGAACAGAUAACACACAGGUAAAAUGGUGGAUAACAAAAAAGCUAGAUGAUUCAGUUACAACAAAAGAAAUAAGGAGAUUAGUAUUGAAAAUAUUAAAUUUUACAUUUACAAUUGAAAUUAUAAAAACUGAUGAAAAUCUUGUUGCAGAUUACCUAUCAAGAAAAAGGAACACAAACUGAACCAGAUACAACAGAAGAAAUACUCAAAGCUAUUACUACACUUUCUACGAGAGUAGAUAGUAUGAGUAAAGAAUUACAAAAUUUGAAAACUAAAAGUCAGCAGCAUGACUAUAAAUAUAUGGAGCUAUGUCGAUCGAAAGACACAAAAAUUCCAGAGCUACAAGGAGACGAUGGGAUACUCCAAAAAACCCAUAACAUUUGUUUAAAUGCAGCUACAGCCAGCACAUCUACAACAGGACAAUCUACAAAAAAGGAGGAGACUAAAAUAAAAUACACAAAUACAAACUUGAAUAAGUUAUUCUCAAAACCAUAUACUCCUCAAGGUACCUAGAAAGAUAUAUUCAUACCACCACAGGUAAAUACCUACAAAGCCAGCUUAGAUUCAGAUAAACAAACAUAUAACCACAUUACCAGAAUGUAUAUAGAAAACAUAUACAAAGUACAGACUUUUCUAAACAAAAACCCUAAAGCCAAAAAUACGAGAAACCCUGAACAAGACUACAUAACCCAACAUCUACAAGGAUACAAUAAACUAAUUGCACAACCAGGAACGAAUCCGAACCUAGUAGCAACUUGCUACAAUUACGGACUUAUAAGCACAGUAUAUACUAUUACAGGAGACGAAGUAGCUAAAAUACCUGAGCUACAUAAGGCAUUUCUGCAAUAUAAAAGAAUAACAAAAGGAACUUUAUUUUAUAUAAAGUUCUACUCAGCAACAGCAGAGAUACUAUAUGAAGAAAUUAAACCUACAAUACAAGUUAUUAAGAUAGGUUUAACUAGAGAUAUGAUAAUACCAGAAAAAAUAGAUACACAAGAAGAGAUACAGAAGGUGGAUAUCCCAGAUUUUUAUGCAAACAAAAGGACUAUUGGGAUAGCUACUAUAUUAAAUGAGUUAUCAAACAACUACCUAAAUGAAAAUGCAAUUUGGAGUUAUUACAACAGAGAUCAGACAAUGAUAUACUCCAAUUGUAAAGACAUAAGAGUAGCAGAUAUGGAAGAAGUACGACAAUGGAUAUUAAGUCUACUGAAGCCAGAACAAACACCUACAACAAGGGCUAUCAGAAAAAAUUUCAUUUAUCAAGACUUGAUGACCAGAUACUGCAAACUAAUUGGACAAAAGUAUCCAGACCAUCUAUGUUCAAAAUGCAAUGGCGAAGAUAACUAUGUCCCCAGAGUACAACUGGAAUAGACUAAGAAAAAGAAGAUAAGACAUAAAAAAAAGAGUUAUUAUUGUUAUUGUUGUUGGCUGAAUAUCAGCCAUAUGUAUAAAGUGAGAGUCUUUUUAUUUUUGUCGUCUUGCGUCGGCUGAAAAAAGCCAAAUGUACAAAA